GCUGGUCACGCGGCCGGGUGUUGACACUUCCGGGUGGGAUCCGAGCGCGGCGGAGGGGCAGGGGCUGGCGGGUCGGCGGCCAGCAUGGCGUACAGCGGUCUCACGGUGCCUCUGAUCGUGAUGAGCGUGUUCUGGAGCAUCGUCGGGCUCCUGGUGCCUUGGUUCAUCCCCAAGGGUCCCAACCGGGGAGUUAUCAUCACCAUGUUGGUGACCUGUUCAGUUUGCUGCUAUCUCUUUUGGCUGAUCGCAAUUCUGGCCCAACUCAACCCUCUCUUUGGACCACAGUUGAAAAAUGAAACCAUCUGGUAUCUCAAGCAUCACUGGCCUUGAGGAAGAAGACCCGCUGCCCAGCCAUCGAGGUCAUGGCGAGAAUUCCUCUAGAUGUGCAGUCACCUCCACACUGGGCCGCCUUCCUUGGCUCGCCUGCCCUGGCCAUCCUGCCUUAAACACCCACAGCACAGUUGACUUAUUCUCCAGUGCAGUGUUUUCCUGUUAGCCUUUUACACUUUGAUGAAUUAUGUGCCUCCUUAAUCUGAGCGGUGCCCAUGCCAUCAAAUGCUCAUGCGCUCCCCUGAGACAGAAGGUGCUCUGGAACCACGGCACUCUCCUGGGACUGUGGACCUGAAGAUGGCUCCUGCCUGCUCAUGACAUGGGACCAGUGACGUGUUCAAACGCUGUCACAAGACAGUGAGACUCCAGUGCAGCAGCCGUAGGAGAGCAUGUUCAAGGGCAGAUCUGUCCCGACAGAACUACACCAAAGUCUAUUUUCAGGAUGAAUUUCUUACUUCUGCCAUCUUUUGGAAUAAAUUAUUUUCCUGCUUUCUAUGGAAA